GAGAGAUUCGUGUCAGCUGGAUCUAGCUUCACCUUAGGUAACGUUAUCUGACACGUAAACGAAAGCAACAUUGACAAGUGUCUACAGUGUUUUGAAUCAUGGCUCGUUACUUUCGAGAGGAAGACAUCGACGAAUUCAGAGAAUGUUUCUAUCUGUUCGCAAGAAAUGGCCAGAUACGUACUCUGGAUGAGCUGACGAUCAUCAUGAGAUCAUUGGGAUUGAGCCCUACAAUUGCAGAAUUAAACAAAUAUUUAAAGGACAAAGGAGGGAGAAUGUCUUUUGCUGACUUUUUGGAAGUGAUGCAUUUACAAACUAGAGCAGAAGAUCUUCCAAAAGAAGUGAUAGAUGCUUUCCAAGCUGCUGAUACAUUCAGAACUGGCACGAUUCCUGCCAGGCAGUUAGCUCACAUGUUACUCCGUUGGGGUGAACAACUGAGUAACAAAGAAGUGGAGCAAAUCUUUAGGGAGGCAAACGUAUCUCCAAACGGGCUCGUCAAAUACGAAGACUUUGUAAAAAUAGCUUGUGCACCUGUACCUGAUUAUUAUUAAGACAUUUUUAUACCUUUUGUAAUCUCUGAGUCGAAUAAAAAAACAUAGUGAUAAAACAGGAGAA